CGUGCUAUCUCACUGACAUUGGAGCGCUCAAUGGUGGAUCUAUUGCCUUCGCUACUGCUUCAAACCUUUCUACCUUUCUACUAAUAUCAGAGGGUUGUCUACUUUUUGUUAAUUUACCCUUAAUUUAAUCCACAGAGUUGGUUGAGCUGACAUAAACAACUUCACCUCUUUUAACCUUUUUUUUUUCAACGUUAUUUUUAUCCUGUUUUUUCUUGUUUUACCUCAGCUCUGGUAGGAGUGUCUCCUGUGAGUGUUCAUUUGUUUUUCGUUUUUGAAGGUCUAACCAUUGUUUUUCAUUUUAUAUUUAGCCUAUCUAAGAAUUGAAGUAAGUUACUCAUAAAAAAUUAAAUCAUAAUUACAUUCCGAUUUUUUAACAAUCUUUUCUCUUUUUACUAGUUCUAACUUUUUUACCUUUUUGGUUUGGAGUGGCCUGCAGCCCUUAAGGGGGUGUCUUCAAAGAUGUUAAUAAUUUCUACAUCUGGAUUUAGAUAGUGGAGUCUUUUUUACAGUCUUUUUUACAGUCUUUUUUACAGUCCUGUUCUAUACAGCAUCAAAAUGCUGCAUUCACAUUGUUUUCUGUGCGUUGGAGUCUUAUUUGUGGCACUUGUUGAGAGCCGAAUGCUGGACAAAUGCAUGAAAUCAAAACCCAAAUACACCAUGAACGUUGUACUUUUGGAGGAUGAAACCUCAGACUGGAGCCUAGUGUUUGUAAGGCGUGCAGUGGUGCAAGCAAUUAAAGCGGACAGGCAACUGAACAUUGCAGCAGGUACAGAAACAUGUAUUUAUUUUUUAAUUUGAACUUACUUUAAUUUCAACAUUAAACGAAUGUGUCAGUGAUAAACAUAAUUCAGCUGUAACCUAUCACACAAUCCUAUUGGACAUUUCAUUAUGCUUGAUAACAAUUAUCUCAUCCUCCUACAACACUCUCUCCCUUGCCAAGGUUUGAACAUCACAUUAACGGCUAAUUUCAGAGGGUUCAACACCACGCUGUACAAACGCAGGGGCUGUGGGAGCAGCACCUGUGAGGGAGUGGAGAUACUCAAGUCCCUGCAUGUGAGCCAGUCUUUUUUAGACUGUAAUGUCCAUUCCCAUCUUGAUACCAUCUCUUCCAGGAGACCAUUGCUACUUGAAGAUAUUAUAUGUUGACUGACAGACUGAUUUAGAUGUGCAGAUGAGAAGAAUAAUUGCCAUUGAAGUGUAAUUUCAACCAUUCACUUUAGGCGUAUAAUUUGCAUCCGCUUGGCUACUAAAACUGUUCUAAGACAUCAGGUGGAGAAGUUCCCAUUUUUACGGACAUACAGUACCAGUCAAAAGUUUGGACACACCUACUCAUUCAAGGGGUUUUCUUUAUUUUUACUAUUUUCUACAUUGUAGAAUAAUAGUGAAGACAUCAAAACUAUGAAAUAACACAUAUGGAAUCAUGUAGUAACCAAAAAAGUGUUAAACAAAUCAAAAUAUAUUUUAGAUUCUUCAAAGUAGCCACCCUUUGCCUUGAUGACAGCUUAGCACACUUGGCAUUCUCUCAACCAGCUUCAUGAGGAAUGCUUUUUCAACAGUCUUGAAGGAGUUCACGGUGGGAACCACACAUGCAGAGAUCAUCCGUUCACCUACUCUGUGUCUCACAAAGACACGGUGGUUGGAACCAAAAAUCUCAAAUUUGGACUCAUCAGACCAAAGGAGAAGAUUUCCACCGGUUUAAUGUCCAUUGCUCGUGUUUCUUGGCCCAAGCAAGUCUCUUCUUCUUAUUGGUGUCCUUUAGUAGUGAUUUCUUUGCAGCAAUUCGACCAUGAAGGCCUGAUUCAUGCAGUCUCCUCUGAACAGUUGAUGUUGAGAUGUGUCUUUUACUUGAAGUCUGUGAAGCAUUUAUUUAGGCUGCAAUCUGAGGUGCAGUUAACUCUAAUGAACUUAUCCUCUGCAGCAGAGGUAACUCUGGGUCUUCCUUUCCUGUGGCGGUCCUCAUGAGAGCCAGUUUCAUCAUAGCGCUUGAUGGUUUUUGCGACUGCACUUGAAGAAACUUUCAAAGUUCUUGACAUUUUCCGUAUUGACUGACCUUCAUGUCUUAAAGUAAUGAUGGACUGUCAUUUCUGUUUGCGUAUUUGAGCUGUUCUUGCCAUAAUAUGGACUUGGUCUUUCACCAAAUAGGGCUAUCUUCUGUAUACCACCCCUACCUUGUCACAACACAACUGAUUGGCUCAAACGAGAAAUUCCACAAAUGAAAAGGCACACCUGUUAAUUGAAAUGCAUUCCAGGUGACUACCUCAUGAAGCUGGUUGAGAGAAUGCCAAGAGUAUGCAAAGCUGUCAUCAAGGCAAAGGGUGGCUACUUUGAAGAAUCUCAAAUAUGAAAUAUAUUUUGAUUUGUUUAACACUUUUUGGGUUACUACAUGAUUCCAUAUGUGUUAUUUCAUAGUUUUGAUGUUUUCACUAUUAUUCUACAAUGUAGAAAAUAGUACAAAUAAAGAAAAAGCCUUGAAUGAGUAGGUGUGUCCAAACUUUUGACUGGUACUGUAUACUGUCAAUGACUAUACUGAAACUAAACAGUAAUUUCAGUCCAUUGGGCAGAUCAGGAGGGCCUAUAAGAUUAAUAAAGAUUACAUUAUUUUAGAAAGAGAAAUUAGACAGGGACGAGCCCUUCCCCAUUACUCAACAACAUGAGUGCCUAUGUUUAUGUACAGAUUUGUUUGUGCUCCAGGCUAAAGGUGAGGUGGGAUGUGCCAUGCUGGGACCUUCCUGUACAUUUGCCACUUUCUUUAUGGUGGAGUAAGUUCUCUCUCUGUCUUGUACGCACACACGCAUGUUAAUGAUCCCUGUCUCUGUCAUCCCCAUUGAAAAAGUAUUUGUUUUGCCUGAUUACUAGUAGUUGAUGAUGUGUACGUGUGGUAAAUGACCCACUAGGUGAUUAUGAUAAUAGCGUUCAUUGUUAUGCUGGUUUAUAAUAUCCUGUCCCGUAAGAUAAGGACAGAUUGACCUGCAGGUCAUGAUCCCUCUAUUUGGAGAACUGUGUGACCCCUGGUCUGUGUGUGUCUCAGUGUGGAGAUAGGCCUGACCUUGACUAUCCCCAUCAUCUCUGCUGGGAGCUUCGGUCUGUCCUGUGACUACAAGGCCAACCUGACCCGCCUGCUGCCCCCGGCACGCAAGAUCUCCAACUUCUUUGUCCACUUCUGGAACUUCACCAGACAUGGUCUGAAGACGCACUGGGAGAGGGCUUAUGUCUACAAGAAGGCAGACCAAACUGAAGAUUGUUUUUGGUGAGAGGGAACACCUGUGCAUUUGAAAUGGAAUUUCCGCCAUGUACACACAUACAGACAGUACAGAGAUGCUCAUUGCAUGUGUAUGGUAGACUGUAACACUGUAACAUACAUAUCUAGAGUAAGUUUGAUGCCAGGGAGAGAAGCGUUUAUUGUUGGGUACUCCAUGGUGCACCGUUACAUCACUUCCCUUUUGCCAUCUUCAUAGGUACAUCAAUGCUCUGGAGGCACCCUCGGUCCAGUUUGCUAUGUCAAUCUCAAGAGAGAUGCUACGCAGCAAGACAGAGCUAAAGAAAGCUCUUCAGUCUGAAAACAGACACAGCAACGGUGUGUGCCUCUCUCUGUCUUCUUCAAUACCUUCUCAAGUCUUAUCCAUGCUUUACACACCAGCCACUGGUUCCACCCCGAAUAGGAAGUAAAUCAAUGGUUACUUAAAACAAAACUUUUGUAACCUAUCUACAUGCUUUUAGGUGUUAUUUCAUCACACAGCUUUAUCACCCCUGCACAAUGUUUUUCAGUAUUCAUUCUCUGUGGAACCCCAGAUGACAUCACCACUAUAAAGAACGAUACAACGAUUCCCCCAGAAAUUGUCUUCAUCCUCAUCGAUAUCUAUAAGUGAGACUGGUUUUGGUAGUUUGUUACACUGCAUUGCAUUGUUUUUUAGGGGACCAUGAUUGAAAGUUGAAACCAUGUAACUUUUCUAUCUCCUAGCCACGGGUAUCACACUAACAUGACUGCCAGCCCAAGCAUGGACAAUGUUCUGGUGCUCACCUUGCCUGAGAGACAAUACAACAACACAAUAGUUUACAACAGCACGGUUAGUCCCUGCUCCACUCAUCUGUCUUCAUUCCUCAGUUCUUCUGACUUCCUAAUGUCUAAACAGAGAUACCAUCUCUCUCUCUCUCUCUCUCUCUCUCUCUCCUCUCUCUCUCUCUCUCUCUCUCUCUCUCUCUCUCUCUCUCUCUCUCUCUCUCUCUCUCUCUCUCUCUCUCUCUCUCUCUCUCUCUCUCUCUCUCUCUCUGUCUUCCUGACUGCUCCCCCUCUCCUGUUGCAGGAGUUAAAUGACUAUGUGGCAGGGUACCAUGACAGUGUGUUGCUCUUUGGCCAUGUGCUGAGGCAGAGGUUGACCAGUGAGCUGAGAGGCAGAGCGACACAGCCCCCUGCCACGGAUCUUCCCGAUGUAAACCCCUUCAGGAAUGUCUCCUUUCAAGGUAUAGGAGGGCCUGAUGACCAGAGCCAUGGUCCAUCCUGUCCUCAGUCCUCCAUUUAAACACCAUAACAAUUUAAGUCAGGCAAUGGUGAGAACCUAUACUUGUUGGACUUGGCAAAGCUGCUCGGCGGCAACCUUUAGCAUCUGAUCUUUGACUCUCGUCCAACGGGAACUUGCGCAAACCAGAACAGUAAAUGUUUUGUUUUUGUCACACCAUCGUCAUUCUCCACACAGGAAUGAAAGGCCACACAUUAUGCAGGAACCCAUUCACUUUGAUUUAUUUUACAGUUCAGUACAUGGCUAAUUAGUGUGUUCUCUCUUGGCUGACUUUUAUGGGCAAUGUUUCAAAUUUAGUCCAUUUACAGCUGAGGACCAUAGUAAUUCAGGUGGUUAUAUGUCUUCCACAACUUCUUGUAUUAGAUAACAUUUCCUAACCUGAACCUUGAAUAUAGCACUAGGUCGUAGCCUCAAUUUCUUUGGAAUUGUUACUCACAGUGGUGUGAUUAUUGAUGCUAUAAUGAGGGAGCAAAUGGUUGUUAAGGGCAGAUGUUCCGGUCAAGAGUUUUCUGCUCAGGAGGAUAAAUGGUGAUACUCUUAAAGGGUUAGAGAUAAUAGUGUGUGUCUGUGUGCAGGUAUGGGGGGACACUACGUGCUGGAUGAGAAUGGGGACAGGGACGUGAACUUCUCUGUGAUAUACACCUCCACUAUCGAUAAACAGGUACUAUUCAUCCAAUGUAACUGUUGGAAUGGUCACCAUCUCAGUCCCCUAUUAAACAGUAGCAGGACAUCGUUUAAUGAUCACUUAAUAACGCUGUCAUUGCACCUCUCCUCCAGUACAAAACCCUGUUUGUGUUUGAUACGUCCAUAAAUGAGACCAGAGUGGAGGACAGCACCCCCUCACUGCCCUGGCCUGGGUCCCAACUGCCAGAUGACAAGCCAAUCAAUCCUAACGGUAAUGACAUCUACGCUCUAGUAACAGGCCAGUAGCAGCUUCUACCCCCAAGCCAUAAGACUGCUAAACAGUUAAUCAAAUGGCUACCCGGAGUAUUUGCAUUGACCCCCUUAUUCUAUUCUUAUUUGUUCUUAUUUUUGCACUGACUCUCUUGCACAGGGUCGAUGUACACUCACUGGACUCUAACCACACACUCACACAUACUACACUGAAACUCCAACACACACACACACACACACACACACACACACACACACACACAAAACACACACACACACAUGCCUAUUGAUGCCAGACACACACACACACACAAACCCCCACACACACAUUCCUUCACACUCCUCACAUACGCUGCUGCUACUCUCUGUUUAUUAUCUAUGCAUAGUCACUUUACCCCUACCUACAUGUACAUAUUACCUCAAUUACCUCGACUAACCCGUACCCCUGUACAUUGAUUCGGUACCGUUUACCCUUGUAUAUAGCCUAUUUAUUGUUAUUUUAUGAUGUUACUAUUUUUCCUUUAGUUUAUACAAAAAAAAUCUUACUUACUUUUUAAAAACUCUGCAUUGUUGUUUAAGGGCUCUUAAGUAAGCAUUUCAUGGUAAGGUCUACAUUUGUUGUAUUUGGCGCAUGUGACAAAUACCAUUUUAUUUUAUUUAUAAACACUAGUGCUACUAGUAACAGUACAAAGUUUAUUCUAGUACACAAGCUCUUUUGAAGUUUGAUGUCUUGAUACGAAGAUACAGUAUUGGUGGGGGGAAUACUUAUUUUAUGUUUGUGAUUCCAGGUCUGCCGAUAAAGGAUAUCAUUGUGAUCGUCCUGAGUGUCAGUGUUGCGGUGGUGACUGCCAUCGCUCUGAUCUUCUACAGGUAAAAUAUGCACCACACCAACCUCUGUCUUCUCACUUCUGUCCAAUCACAUUGUUACUUGACAACAUGUCUCACUCACCUCUGUCUUUGUCUAUUUAUUAUUAUAAUUAUUAUUAUUAUUAUUAUAUUUACCCUUCAGUUCAGUCACUUUAAACCUGAUUACACAACUGUCACCAGUAUCCCUGACAUUGAUUGGUACUGAUAUUGACCUUGUAUAUAGUGUAUCUUUUCGUGUGAAUUUCUCUUAUUCUCAAGAGUAUAUGACUUAAUAUUACUGCAUUGUUGAGGAAGAGCUUGCAAGCAAGCGUUUCACUGCACUUUUUACACUUGCUGUAUCCUGUGCACGUGACAAAUAAACUCUGAUUUGAUUUGAUUUAUGGCCAAUAGGCAGAACAUGAAGGAACGUCAGAACCAAAAGAGGUGGUCCCACAUCAGCCCAUACCUGAUUGAUCCGCUGGAUGGGAAAGAGUUAAGCCUGGUCUCACUGAAGGUGAGCUCCUUCACCUCCUUCUUGUCAUGAUGUUUUUGCCUGUCUGUUUCUAUUUAUAGUAUGUCAUCUUUUAAACUUCCAUAAUGCAUGGUCAAUACAAGCUGGUGUUACGCUGAUGUUGGUUUAAGUUAUUUCAUUUACACUCUGAUACUCCCUGUUUUCAUUAAUACCCAGGGAUCUAAUUGGAUGCCUAUAGUCUUGUGAUAUUUUAUUAUUGUUGACAGUUUAUUCCACAUUAUUUAUCCCUUUUUCUUUCUAUAUAUCAGAUUGAUGAAGACAACAGGAAGGACAGCUGUUACCAGAUUCGCAGGGGUCGCUAUGACAAAAAGGUGCCAUUACGAAAAAUGUAUGCACUCACUAAAAAAUGUAAGUCGCUCUGGAUAAGAGCGUCUUUGGUCCAUAAACUGACUUAAACACAUGGUGUGAGUUGUCAUAUCAGGGUCGUUCCACGAAAAGAUUGCCUUUUGCGUCCCUUUGACAUUUUAAGUAGAAAUUGUGCACCAAAAUUGAAUUUAAAAAACCUGAAAAAUUAAAUUAAGUGCCCUUUAAUAUAGACCACAUAGAGAAUUCAAUAAAUGAAUAAAGACUUGUGCAAAAAUUCAGCAUUUUGAUAUGUCAUUUCGUGCACCCUCUGUGACUUCUAGGAAGAUUUUAACCCACUUAACCCCACAUUUCUCCAUGUUUUCACUAUUAUUGUAAAGCCCUAGUUAUUUUGCUGCUUUGACAAAGUCAUUUCUGAAGAUUAUUAUUUAUUUCAUGUGAUUAGAGAUUCAUUGAACAUCUGUCCCUCAUUUUAAAGUCAACCCUGUUACUUGAACUGAACUCUCGUUAAUAUGGUAUAACUAUUCCUUUUUCAAUAUAUUUUUGAAAAGAAACAUCAUUGAUUCAGAGGGGUUGGGUUAAAUGUGGAAGACAAAAUUUCAGUUGAAUGCAUUCAGAUGUGCAACUGACUAGAUAUCCAUUUUCCCUUAAUAGUCAAAUCAUAGUGUUAAAGCAGGUGAGCUGGUUCUACACUUUUUGGCAAUUUUCUGGUUUUGUGGUGGAAAACUGAGCGGGUCGAGCAUAACACGUUAACCCUGUUACCCAUAGAUAGACAGGCUAGAAAUAUUUGAACAAUUAAAAAAAUAUUGUGAUCAAUUGCAUUCAAUUGCAACCCCCUGUAAAAAAAUAUUGUGAUCAAUUGCAUUCAAUUGCAACCCCCUGUUGCACACAACAAGCUUCCUUUUCCCCUGUCACAACGGGAUUAUGGCUGAUUUAAGAUUAAAUCGUCAACCCUGUUACUUUAUUUGGCACUUACUAUAGUAAUAUUUAUAUUUAAUCUCUUGAGAUGGGGGAAAGUGUUUUUCAUGAAGUUGAAUAUGUGCUCUUUGUGACAGAACGUUAAAAUGAGGUGAAAUCAUUGUAUUUUUUACCAAGUUAAACUUCUUGAAAGGCACUGAAUUGGUGGAACGACUAACCAGUAACUACUCUCAAAGGCUGAUAUGGGCAUAACUUCUACUCUAUUAUUAUCUAUCUAUUAUUUUCAGCCCGUGAUCCUGAAGGAGCUGCAACACACAGACGGCAACUUCAGUGAGAUCCAGAGGAUCGAGCUCAACACUGUAAGGUUCUUGCUAGUGAUGUCACUUCCUCUCCCCCUCGUAGUUCCUCCUAACCUGCCGAUUCAAACAUUAGUCCAGUCAGCUGUCCACUGAUCUAGUGUCCAUUUUGAGUGUCUAUAUGGCCCGAACUCAGGGUCAACCCUAUAUUUGCUUAUCUUGAUGUGGUGUGAACAACAGAGGUUUGCGGAUUCGUGUAUGUGUGUUUUAUGGCUUUGUGGCCCUAUGGAGGAAUAUUUUAUCUACUUGUCAAUCAGAGGAGAUAGCCUAUGUGACCUUAUGUGAGCAACUAGGUGAUAAAAGUAGAGUGUGUAAAUGAGUGUGAGGAAGUCGAGAUCACCCAUGAUAUGAUGUCUUUCACAGUGACACCUUCUUUCUCUCUCUCUCUCUCUCUCUCUCUCUCUACUCUCUAUCUCUCUCUCUCUCUCUCAUCUCUCACCACCUCUCUCUCUCUCUCUCUCUCGCUCUCAUCUCUCUCUCUUCUCUCCCUCUCUCUCUCUCCCUCUCUGUCUCUCUCUCUCUCUCUCUCUCUCUCUCUCUCUCUCUCUCUCUCUCUCUCUCUCUCUCUCUCUCUCUCUCUCUCUCUCUCUCUCUUUCUGCUUCUCUCAGCUCCUGUGUAUUGACUACUACAACCUGACCAAGUUCUAUGGCACGGUGAAGUUUGAGUAUGGCCUGUUUGGAGUGUUUGAAUUCUGUGAGAGGGGAUCCCUGAGGGUAAGAGGAUUGGCUGAGAGCAUUACUUUAUGGUGGGAAUCAGUGGCCUGCUUUCCACCCACAUAUCUUUAUUGUGCAAUGAUAAGCCAUUGACAUUUACACACAUAUUGUUUACAGGACUCCUUUACAGACAGGGCUUGGGUCACAAUCACAGUUACAUUCACUCAGAUUUCAAAUACCCUACCAGGAAGAAACAAAAACACUCAAGCAUAAACGGAACUGCAGUAAACUCUGUCAUUCACUGUCUUUACAGUAUGUCCUUAAUGACACAAUCUCCUAUCCUGAAAACACCUUCAUGGACUUGGAAUUCAAGAUAUCAGUUAUGUAUGACAUAGCUAAGGUAAGUUUAUGUAGUUUGGUUGGACUAUGUGUUUACUGUGGGCAAAUGCACUCAAAUUGUAAUAUGGUGUAGUCCAGUGGAUCCAAACUUUAUCGCUUACUGUACCACCAACUGAAUUUUGCUCUGCCCAGAGUAUCCCUGUGCAUUUUACCAGUAAACCUAUGGUCUCAUGAGUCUUCUCAAGUACCCCCUGUGGAUAGGCCAAGUACUCCCAGGGGUCCUAGUACCCCUGGUUGGGAACCACUGGUGUAGCAUACUGUAGCUGUGUGUGGCUCGCCCUGGUGGCGGUUUCAGGGCAUGUCCUACCUCCACUCCAGCAACAUUGAGGUCCAUGGCCGACUGAAGUCCUCUAACUGUGUGGUGGACAACCGCAUGGUGGUCAAAAUCACAGACUUUGGCUGCAACACCAUCCUCAGCCCCUGCAAAGGUGAAGCCCGCUGCCCAUUUUUUCCCUUAAAGCAAAUGAUUCAACCUGAAAGUAUUAUGCCAUGAAGUUAGUAAAAAACCCAACCAGGGGAGUAAUUUGAUAUCCCACUCUGGUCCCUCUCCUUUCUGUCAGACUUGUGGACGGCUCCAGAACACCUCCGGAAGCAGGGGAUCUCCCAGAAGGGGGAUGUCUACAGCUUUGCCAUCAUCGCUCAGGAGAUCAUACUGAGGAAGAAACCCCUUCUUCACCCAGGCCUGCUCCGACAUUGCAGGUAACAACGGUCUGGUGGCUAGAGUCAGAGUCAUGCAGAACACUUUUUAGCCAUGGUAAAAGUUAUCAAGUUUUUUAUGUCUAUGCAUCUCACACUGGUAAUUUAACAGUGGCUCCUGCUGGCCAUUACAUGUAAAUACAACGUCUGCUCACUAGGGAUCACUGUCAUCAAUUACCAUUCUAGGGAUUUUGCAAAAGGAGAGUGAAAUUCUUAUUUUUUUACUGUAAAUGAGGAAAUGGCUGUGAUGAGAUUUGUCAAUUGAAUUCCCCUUUCCUUCCUCCCCCAGAGAAGCUGUACAUGUUGCAGUACCCAAGUGGGACUGGCUUCUUCAGGCCAGAUCUAAACUUUGAGACAGCAGCAGUAAACGAGGCAGAGAUACAAGGCCCCUCAUAGCAUUUCUCACAUACGCAUGCAUAUCUGUGUUAGUUUGUAUGUAUGGUUGUCAUUGUACGUGUCUACUGCAGCUUUACAUGCUGAUAAAGAACUGCUGGGAAGAGGACCCGGAGAGGAGGCCAGACUUCAAGAAGAUAGAGGGAUCUCUGGGUAAGAUAUUCAGGUAAGCCCAGUACUGUAUGAGAGUGAGUGAGAGAGUGUGUGCACUAUGUGUGAGUUUGUGUGUGUGUGUGUACAAAAUUAGUAGUCUUGUGAAAUGCCUGAUAUUCCACAUCUACACUGAGUGUACAAAACAUUAAGAACCUUCCUAAUAUUGAUUUUGUCUUACCCAUUCACCCUCUGAAUGGCACACAUACACAAUCCAUCUCAAUUGUCUCAAGGCUUAAAAAUCCUUCUUUAACCGGUCUCCUCCCCUUCAUCUACACUGAUUUAAGUGGAUUUAACAAGUGACAUCAAUAAGGGAUCAUAGCUUUCACCUGGAUUCACUUGUUCAGUCUAUGUCAUGGAAAGAGCAGGUGUUAUUAAUGUUUUGUACACUCAGUGUACAUUCAGUCAAUCAAAACCCUUCUUACAUACCAAAAGCCAUGGUAUGUUGACAGCUGCUUUGUGUUCAACAUACAAACGUUUUAGAAUUUUAGAGUUCUAUCAAUUCUUUAUUCAUACAAAAGUUGGAGUGAUAAGCAAUCUCCAAUUUGGAUUUUUCCCUGGUUAAAUAAAUGUUCUGAGCUAUUGGGCCCUUUUAUCAUCCAAAAGUGGUAUGUACUAUGCAACGUUUUAUACAAUUUAGCAUCAUAGAGAUAUGGUUAUUUGUUUCCAUGUUCCACAAUCGUUCAGCAACCUGCACAACCAGGCUAAUGAGAGCUACAUGGAUAACCUGAUCCGCCGGCUGCAGAUGUACUCCAGGAACCUGGAGCACCUAGUGGAGGAGAGGACCUAUCUGUACAAGGCUGAGAGGGACAGGGCUGACAGACUCAACUUCCUGCUCCUGCCAGCGUAUGUCAUGCAUCCCAGCUCAACCUUAACCCUAACUCUAACACAAGCUUCAUGUCCACAUCCUGGCUCAACCCUAACCCUAGCUACAACCCUAACCUUAACCCUAACCUGAGCUUUAUGUCCACAUCCUGGUUCAACCCUAACAACCCUAACAACCCUAAUCCUAGCCUUAAUGCUGAACCCUAACACACCUGCCAGCCUAUUUAGCCUUUGGAAGCCAACAGAACGAUAAGGAAUCGCUCAGCUUAACCUCCCGUACCCCUGCUUCUCUCCUCAGCCCAGUGGUGCGUUCCCUGAAGGAGACGGGCAGUGUGGAGCCAGAGCUGUUUGAUGAGGUGACGGUCUACUUCAGCGACAUUGUGGGCUUCACCACCCUGUGCCAGUACAGCACGCCCAUGGAGGUGGUGGACAUGCUCAACGACAUCUACAAGAACUUUGACAGGAUCCUCGACCACCAUGAUGUAUACAAGGUAGUUGGGACUGAGGCUUGACAUGUUCACAUACUAAAACAGAAUCAAUAGUACUGGAAUAGAAUGUUAAUAGAAUGAGAGAGUUGAGUGGGGACAACAGUUUUCAUAUGAAAUAUGAACGUUACUAUUGUAUUCAGAAAACAUUUCAGAGGGUCAUCGUCUCUUCCGCUCUCUCUGCCAGGUGGAGACGAUCGGUGAUGCGUACAUGGUGGCGUCGGGGUUGCCGCGGCGGAAUGGCAACCGGCACGCAGUGGACAUCGCCCACAUGGCCCUGGACAUCCUGGCUUUCGUAGGGACCUUCCAGCUCCAACACCUACCGGGCAUACCCCUGUGGAUCCGCAUCGGGGUGCACUCAGGUACCCCAUCUCAGCACAGUACAACUGGCCCAAACACAGUAGUUUGUAUAGAGCUGAACUUUUCCCACAAUUUAGUUUUAUUUUAAGUACAUAAUAUUGGGCCAAUACAGUCCUGUUAGCAACACUUUCACUGCCUGCAGUGUGUUUAGCUGUGUCACUGUGUCUGGUGUGUUUACAGGGCCGUGUGCGGCGGGUGUGGUGGGGAACAAGAUGCCACGUUACUGUCUGUUUGGAGACACAGUCAACACUGCCUCACGCGUGGAGUCCACAGGCCUGCGUAAGAGACAGCACACACAGACACCGACACAUCAAACAUAACCACUGGGAUGAACACUUACAUACAUGCAUUCUCCUCAGCUAUCACAGGCACAACUCCAUUCUAGCAGUGUAUAUUCAGCAUAGUUCGCCAUAGGAUGACACCUCUCAUGCUUCCUCUCCAGCACUAAGAAUCCAUGUCAGCCAGCCCACCAUAAACAUCCUCCAACGGACAGACUGCAAGUUUGAGUAUGAGCAGAGAGGAGAGACCUUCCUGAAGGUAAGCUGGGUUCAUAAAGCUAUGAGAAGGUUUUGUGAGUAUAGAGUUCAGAUCAUGCCAACAAUGUGUGUGUGUUUGUUAAUGUGUUACAGGGUAAAGGCAAUGAGAUGACAUACUGGUUAACAGGGAUGACAGGGACAGAAUACAACCUGCCAACGCCCCCGACAGCGUGAGUAGAAACCACCCAUCCUGAACUUACACGGUAUCUAUCACCCAUAUCUAUAGCAUUAUGUAUGUCAAACAAUCCACACAUCUUGUCCCUGGUUGUCUCCUCAGGGAGAACUUCCAAAGGCUACAGCAGGACCUGUCUGAAAUGAUUGUGUCCAGCCUGGAGAACAGAGGGCCGGGGACCAACGGCAUGGAGAAGAGGAAGACCCUCUCCACCAGAAACAGGAGGAGGGAGACCAACGGGAGCCGGGAGGACGGCCUGCCAGAGUACCUGCACCUGGCCAUCACAGACAUUCCCAGCACCUACCUGUAGUCACCCAGGACCAGACUGCCCCCUGUGGAGAUACAGGGCUCCUACACUCUGUCAAACGGUGACAGUGGAGUCAAGUAGCCUUAAAUUCACCUGAUACAAUAGCUAAGUAUAGCCUUAUACAUUUGGAACCUGACUAUUUUCCGAAUGACUUCAAAAUGGUUGUAAAAGACGUGGGGUUUCUGAUUUGAGCCUGAGAAAAGGUUAUUUGUGGGGGUCAAAAAUGAGCGCAAAAAUGGGUUGGGGGGGUGCAACCGCUUACCAUAAAAAUAGUUUGUAAUGGAGAUGCUUUAGGCAAAACCAAAACCAGUAAACCAAGGAACAGGAUGGUACUCCUCUAUUUUAAGAAGCCCCUGAAGAAAAUACAAAUAUGAGUGUUGCUGCAUUUUCUCUGCAAUCAACAAUGAACAAUUGUUCAAAACAAUAUCACUGAUUAUCACUGAAGCGCAAUAAUAAUAAUAAUAAUACUAAAGCUUAAUAUUGGCAUCAAUAACAUGAUGAUUACAUCUUAUAAAUGAUGUAUACACACAGUGUUGGGUCAUAGUUUCUCAUUGUAAUCUCAGUGCAUUUUAUUGGUUCAUAGUUUCUCAUUGUAAUCUCAGUGCAUUUUAUUGGGUCAUAGUUUCUCAUUGUAAUCUCAGUGCAUUUUAUUGGUUCAUAGUUUCUCAUUGUAAACUCAGUGCAUUUUAUUGGGUCAUAGUUUCUCACUGUAAUCUCAGUGCAUUUUAUUGGUUCAUAGUUACUCAUUGUAAUCUCAGCGCAUUUUAUUGGGUUAUAGUUUCUCAUUGUAAUCUCAGUGCAUUUUAUUGGGUUAUAGUUUCUCAUUGUAAUCUCAGCGCAUUUUAUUGAGUUAUAGUUUCUCACUGUAAUCUCAGCGCAUUUUAUUGGGUUAUAGUUUCUCACUGUAAUCUCAGCGCAUUUUAUUGGGUUAUAGUAUGCAAUGUGUUUUAAUCCUCAAAUUUGAUAGAGUCUGAAAUGCUAAUACGUCUUAAUUUUAAAGCCCCACUAUCUUUAUAGGGUUUCCAACCUUUAUUAGUAAAGUGUGUGCCCUGAAUUGAAACAAAAUAACUUUCUGUAAAUACAUGAGUAUACUUUUGUUUAACCAAAAACCUGCCUCUACAUCUCUGAGGUCUGAGAACCUCUUUCUUAUCAAAAUGUACUAUAUUGUAUAUGAGUGGGGGUAACAUUUCCACAUAAUAAGUUUGUGUUUUGUUGACUGUGAUGUGUCAAAUAUAUCCCCAAAUUAAUAGCAGUUCUCACCUUUACUUCUACAGUAUCUAGAAGUGAGUUAUAAAGUUAAUGUAAAUGUUAUUCUUCAUUUUUUCUCAUUAUAAAGUAACAUUUACAACUGGUUUAACAUUGACAUAUAUCGCCAAAUUGCAUAAUUUUGCUGCAUUUUAUGAAUUCCAUGUCAAUGUUUUUACACAUCAUACACAAAUGUACAGCACAAUAAAUAGCCAUAAAAUUGGCCAGAUAAUAAUAAUACCUUCAUUCUAAAACUACCAGCAAAGUCUACACAAGAGUUAAAAUAUAAAUAUCCUAUAACAGCCAUGUUAUUAUUGGAGUUAACCCAAUCUACUCAGAUUUGUCUUAGACAAUAUUUAAGUAUAGAAACACAAGUACAUAGUCGCCUCCCACAGUAUAGGCUUACAGGUUUGUCAUUAUGCCUACAUAAUCACACCUUUACAAAUGUAAAAAAGUACAUCUAAAUGACUAUAUUGUACCAACAAUACUGCAAAGAACAAGUCCUUUUGCUUGACAAUGGCCAUGUGGUUUUAUAUGUCAAAACGAUGUCCUCUCAGUCGGAGCAUUGCACAGUCUUGGUGGUCACCAAAGCAGCAUCCCCCAGCUCAGUGGCAGGAAGUGGGAUCCAAUGCUCCCUCAGACCGUUGCACAUGAACACGCCAGCGACCUCCCCAAGAGCGCCACACCCAGAGGCCCCGCUGUAGGUGGACGCCUCCUGCCUGAAGCAUGUUUGGGGCCCACCAUUCAGCUGGGGACAGGUUGUAGGUACCUCCUCUUCUCUCUCUACCACGGCUGCUGUACAGUCUCUCUCCACAGGCGGCAGGGCUUUAGCUGGAGGGUUAAGUCCUGCCUCUGGUUCACCUGGAGCAGAAACAAGCAUUACCCAGCAUUAUUCCUCCUAAAGAGAAAUCUACAUCAACAUGAUAAAGAAGACCUAUACCUCAAAUCUGAAUCAUUGAAUAAUUGGCAGCAAUUGGAUAGAGUUAAGAAGAAUGUUCUCUCGGAAAAGCAAAAUCAAGAAAUAUGUAUACAACAAUGCCGGCCCUCUACCCAUCACCCAAUUCCAAACAUUGUUAAGUUAAAUGGUUGUUCUAUGUCUUCUAGCUAGCUCAACACAGAGUGAACUGUGAGCAGGAGGGGUGUAAAUGAGGGCUGGUAUUCAGGGCAUGUAUCCCCGUAUGUAAUGGAGCUAACCUAGUAAUCUCAUUACCGUUCAGUGGUGUAUUUUUUUUUUACUCACAUGUAGUAGCAACUGUUGCCAUUUGGGUGUUUUAUUUGUGUGUGUGUGUGUGUGUGUAAGUAUGAGUGUGUAGGUCAGGGGAAGAAUACAUUUUUGUCUCAAACAAGGUGUGUGUAAGUUUGGGUGAAAAUUUGUUCAAAAACCAGAAAUGUUCUGAGCUAUUGGGCCCUUUUACUCAAAGUGGUAGUCUAUGCAAUUUUUACAUUGCAUCAUAGAGAUAUGUUAUUUGUUUCCAUGUCCACAUCGUUCAGCACCUGCACACCAGGCUAAUGAGAGCUACAUGGAAACCUGAUCCGCCGGCUGCAGAUGUACUCCAGGAACCUGGAGCACCUGGUGGAGGAGAGGACCUUCUGUACAAGGCUGAGAGGGACAGGGCUGACAGACUCAACUUCCUGCUCCUGCCAGCGUAUGUCAUGCAUCCCAGCUCAACCUUAACCCUAACUCUAACACUAGCUUCAUGUCCACAUCCUGGUUCAACCCUCACAACCCUAACAACCCUAAUCCUAGCCUUAACGCUGAACCCUAACACACCUGCCAGCCUAUUUAGCCUUUGGAAGCCAACAGAACGAUAAGGAGUCGCUCAGCUUAACCUCCCGUCCCCCUGCUUCUCUCCUCAGCCCAGUGGUGCGUUCCCUGAAGGAGACGGGCAGUGUGGAGCCAGAGCUGUUUGAUGAGGUGACGGUCUACUUCAGCGACAUUGUGGGCUUCACCACCCUGUGCCAGUACAGCACGCCCAUGGAGGUGGUGGACAUGCUCAACGACAUCUACAAGAACUUUGACAGGAUCCUCGACCACCACGAUGUAUACAAGGUAGUUGGGACUGAGGCUUGACAUGUUCACAUACUAAAACAGAAUCAAUAGUACUGUUGUUAAUGUAGUAUUAUGCAACUGAAUGCAUUCAGGGUCAUCGUCUCUUCCUCUCUCUCUGCCAGGUGGAGACGAUCGGUGAUGCGUACAUGGUGGCGUCGGGGUUGCCACGGCGGAAUGGCAACCGGCACGCAGUGGACAUCGCCCACAUGGCCCUGGACAUCCUGGCUUUCGUAAGGACCUUCCAGCUCCAACACCUACCGGGCAUACCCCUGUGGAUCCGCAUCGGGGUGCACUCAGGUACCCCAUCUCAGCACAGUACAACUGGCCCAAACACAGUAGUUUGUAUAGAGCUGAACCUUUCCCACAAUUUAGUUUUAUUAUAAGUACAUAAUAUUGGGCCAAUACAGUCCUGUUAGCAACACUUUCAUUGCCUGCAGUGUGUUUAGCUGUGUCACUGUGUCUGGUGUGUUUACAGGGCCGUGUGCGGCGGGCGUGGUGGGGAACAAGAUGCCACGUUACUGUCUGUUUGGAGACACAGUCAACACUGCCUCACGCAUGGAGUCCACAGGCCUGCGUAAGAGACAGCACACACAGACACCGACACAUCAAACAUAACCACUGGGAUGAACACUUACAUACAUUCUCCUCAGCUAUCACAGGCACAGCUCCAUUCUAGCAGUGUAUAUUCAGCAUAGUUCACCAUAGGAUGACACCUCUCAUGCUUCCUCUCCAGCACUAAGAAUCCAUGUCAGCCAGCCCACCAUAAACAUCCUCCAACGGACAGACUGCAAGUUUGAGUAUGAGCAGAGAGGAGAGACCUUCCUGAAGGUAAGCUGGGUUCAUAAAGCUAUGAGAAGGUUUUGUGAGAAUAGAGUUCAGAUCAUGACAACAAUGUGUGUGUGUGUUUGUGUAUGUGUUACAGGGUAAAGGCAAUGAGAUGACAUACUGGUUAACAGGGGUGACAGGGACAGAAUACAACCUGCCAACGCCCCCGACAGUGUGAGUAGAAACCACCCAUCCUAAACUUACACUGUAUCUAUCACCCAUAUCUAUAGCAUUAUGUAUGUCAAAUAAUCCAAACAUAUUGUCCCUGGUUGUCUCCUCAGGGAGAACUUCCAGAGGCUACAGCAGGACCUGUCUGAAAUGAUCGUGUCCAGCCUGGAGAACAGAGGGCCGGGGACCAACAGCAUGGAGAAGAGGAAGACCCUCUCCACCAGAGUCAGGAGGAGGGAGACCAACGGGAGCCGGGAGGACGGCCUGCCAGAGUACCUGCACCUGGCCAUCACAGACAUUCCCAGCACCUACCUGUAG